GUGAGGCAGUGCGUGUGCUCAGUGUUUAGGUGAAUCCACAACCCUCUGGCUCACGAGGAUAAAGGAUCCACACACAGAAAACGAGAGAGAGAGAGAGAGAGAGAGAGAGAGAGGGAGAGAAAAGCAGCGCGGGGACUUUGUCUUCUUCUUCCUCUUCUGGCAUCCUCUGCGCUCUUUCUCCUAGCUUCAUUUUCCCGCAAGCCGACAGCGGCUGUUUUUGCUUCUUUUCUCCCUCCCUCCUCAUCCUUCCCUUUUGUUCUCUGCAUCCAUCUCCGUUUCACCUCGGUCCAGCAGAGGAGGCAGGAAGAGCAUAGUCAGAGGCAUCAUCCUCCCUCCUGCACGCCGAGCCGGUUGUGGGUGCUGAUGCUGUAACCACUGUUUGGAGCUGACAAGCCCUGGUUGAUGCAGUGAAGUGUUCCAGUGGGAUAAACACAAGCGAAGGUCGCCAGCCAUGGGGAACCUCAUUAAGGUCCUUGGCAAGGAUUUAGAGAACUGUCCACAUUUUUUCCUGGACUUUGAAAUCAGUGAAGUCUGAACUUUGCAAAGCAUCCAUCCUAACAAAUCUUUUUUUUACUUCAUUACUCAGUGUUAAAAUCUUUUUGUAGUUCAUGUCAAUUUAUAAUUUACUUUGUUAGCAGGCUCGGCAUUUAACACAAAGUUCAGUAAGCGAGCUGACAUGUUUAGAGGUUUUCUUGAAUUGUUGGGUUUCUUUGAGAUUCAGAUUAUUUUGUUCCUGUUUUGAUGAGUUUAAAAAACCGUGAAAAAACAUCUCCAGCGAAGAUCUUAACACUGAUUAUGAAUUUUUAAGAUGUAGAUGUUUUGCACUGUAUCCCCAACAUGUUCUGCACCUCCUCAAACAUCCCCUUCUCCCUUUUAACAGCUGCCUUCCUCCCCCCUCUUUCUUUACCCGCUGUUACAGUGGGAGUGGGAGAGCUCACUGCUGGCGAGAGACGUCAGCCGUCAAAUAGGUUGAAUUUCCCCUUCGUGUGUCGGGCCUGUGAUUCACUUUACUUCAAAAGCGAAUUGGGAUGAGUCAGACUCGGGAAUGGCAGCUUUGGGAGCGUCCCUCCCCCUCCUCACCCACCCCCCUGUGCCAUCUGUGAGCUCUCCUUCUCCACCUGGAGACACACACUCACCUCUGUCACACAGCUUCAAGUUUGGUUUCUCGUUAAACUAUUUAUAGCUCAGCACUGAUCGCACCUCCCUAACACCCUUUGAAGGAUAAGAUGCAAUUCUGACCACUGACAAAAAGAUUAUCAGGAUGGAUGUCUGGACUGAGCUGCUGUCUGUGAAAAUCAUCAGUCAGCUUGAAGUCAUCCUCAGACUGAAUUAUAGCAACCUCUGUGUCUUAAAACAUCUGAGGGAAAUGGUUUGAGAAUCAGGGAAGAUACUGCUCUCACGCUGAAGCUGUAAUCAGCCAACUUGCACACAUUGUAAAAAUCCCCCUGGGAGCACGACUAAAUACAAAAAUCAACAAGUGAAGCUUGAGGUUUAUCAAAGUUGUGUAAUACUGUGAUAAUUAUGGCCAGAUUUCCCAUAUCCAUAAUGAGACUUCUGUCACAAACAGUGUGUGCGAAUCACUCACUGCACUGUGUAUUAUAGUUAGGGUCGUCCAUUUUAUUCAAUUAUCUAAAUUUUGAGAGUGUCAUUAAAUUUAUAUCCACGACUGCCCGCAGUAAUUCCAUCCACUGCAUGAACUUUAUACAUGCAAAAUAAUAAAAUUAAGUAAUUCAGCUCAAUUCAUUUUAAUUUUUAUGUUGCUAAAUUACCACAACGAACGAACCAUAAAAGUGAAGUCGAAACCUUGGACCCUAUCCCUGGCUUUCUUCGUUACACUAGCGCAUGCUAAUGCAUUCUCUGCUCCGGGUUCAUAUCAUUAACUGUAUAUUAAAAAUGGACAUCACAGCUGUAUUGCAACCAAUUGGUUUCUGGACAAUGAUUUUUUUAACGCCUCUAAUUUGGUAUUUUGGCCGUCACCAUCUCUGCCGAUUAGCUAAUACUGACUGCUAGCUAGCUAGCUUAGCUAAUGACGUGCAUCUGUUAUUUACUUAGCCAUACUUGAGAUGCUAAUUUGGCUAAUUUGGCUAGCAAAAGACAGGGUUAAAACAAAAUGUAGAAAACUACACAGCAAUGCCUUUUAGUACAACCAAAAGUGCGGGCUGGAUAUGAAUGAGGAAACUGUAUGAUCACAAUGUAGCCUUGCCUGAAGUAUACUGUGCUGUAUUGUUUGAACUACAGCUUCUAUUUCUUUAUUAAGGAAGACUUUAAAUUUGCAACUCAGAUCAUAAAUAGUUCUUUAGCUAAUACAUCAAAUUAGCAGCAGGAUAAUUGUCUGUAAAGAUCUAUAAUUGAUUAAUUUUUUCCAACCAGGAGGGAGUCCCCCCCCCCUGCUGGCCAGUAUAAAGAAUGCAGGUUUAAGGCAGUUCCAGACUGAUACCUGAAUAUGUCCAUCUUUUAUAUACAGCUAAUUUAGCUUACAAAUAUGAGGGCGUUAUCAAUCACCAGAUCUUGGCAUGAUAAGUGGAUUUAAUACAAAGCAAUUAUGCUAUACUUAAUUAAUACCUAGUAAACAUAAUGUGUUGUUUACCAGAAUAAUGAAGGAGGGCAUUAGAGAGAAGUCACUAACGUUGCACUGCUUGCUGUGCUUAUAAUGGCAGCUGGUGUGCACGUAGGACAGCAAAUAUACCUUGAUUACUAUUUCUCCGCAGGGAAGCAGCGCCUCGGGGUGCAAAAAUAAUCAGCAGAGCUACCGCAUGUAGAGAGCUGCCUGGGCACACUCCCACUCUUUAUACCUGAGUCAGAGGCAAGAAAAACCAAACACAGCGCUGACUCAAGAGGACCCCUCCUAAAUUGUGUCCCUGUAAGCACUUCAUCUGUCCUGCGUGCAUACAUGAACGAAGCAAAAACUGUGACUGUAAAAAAAAACUGAGAUAAAAACUGAGCAUGCCCAGAGGUCUCCCUCUCUGCUGCUUAUUUUUCUCACAAUUAAACUUAACAGUCAUUAGAAAAAAUAAUUCCACAGACGUGUAAAGGGAAAAGGAGAGCGAGAAAAAUCUAUAAGACUAUUACAUCAGUCUGAUUCUGCUGUUACACCUACCCAGGCUUUGAUACAUUUAUGCUGAAUGGGCAGUGGACAUGAAUGGUUGCUUUUACAGCGACUGCAGCCCAUCAAAAUGCAAAACUCUGUUCCCUGACACAAAGCCGACUUGUUAUAUGAGUAACCACAAACCUCACUGUGUGACAGAGCGUGCUCUACGAGUCUCCUGUUAUUGUUCUACCUGUAGGUUGUUUAUUGGCCAGAUUUUAACCUUAGAUAUUUACACAUGCAAUGAUUACUCUUUGUCUUUCUAAUUCUUUGCUAAUCUCAGGUUUCUAUCUGGCCUUCUAGGACAUCAUCAUCUAAGCUCCUCACUAAUACCCGCUCUCCCUUUCCUCUCUCCUCUCUGUAUCCCAUCACCUCUGCUCUUGAUAUUUUCAUCCCGUCAUGACACUUUCACUUCCCACUCCCCGUCCUUCUUCCCUCCCUGCCCUCACAGAUGCCCAGCCCACGGAGGCAGAGACGGCCGUGUGGAACCAGGUCAGCGCCGUGCUGGAGGAGGCUCACGGGAUCUUGGCCGAGCUGCAGUCCUACAACGGAGCGGGCCAGGAGAUACGAGAAGCCAUCCAGAACCCGGGCGACCUUGCUCUUCAGGAGAAGGCCUGGAACGCAGUGUGCCCCCUGGUGGCCAAGCUGAAGCGGUUCUACGAGUUCUCCCUCCGACUGGAGAACGCCUUGCGCAGCCUGCUGGAGGCGCUGACGAGCCCGCCGUAUGCUCCCAUGCAGCACCUGGAGAGAGAGCAGGCCUUGGCCAAGCAGUUUGCAGAGAUCCUCCAUUUCACCCUCAGCUUCGAUGAACUAAAGAUGACAAAUCCAGCCAUUCAGAAUGACUUCAGCUACUACAGGAGGACCAUAAGUAGGAACAGGCUGAACAACCAGCAGCUGGAAGCGGAGAACGAGGUUAACAACGAGAUGGCAAACAGGAUGUCGCUGUUCUACGCCGAAGCAACACCAAUGCUGAAGACUCUGAGUAACGCCACCACCAAGUUUGUCUCAGAGAAUAAGACCUUGCCCAUAGAGGACACCACAGACUGCCUGAGCACCAUGGCCUGCGUGUGUCGCGUCAUGCUGGAGACUCCGGAGUACCGCUGUCGGUUCACCAACACAGACACCAUGCUGUUCUGCAUGAGGGUGAUGGUGGGCGUCAUCAUCCUGUAUGACCACGUUCACCCCGUCGGGGCUUUCGCCAAGACCUCCAAAAUUGAUAUGAAGGGCUGCAUCAAGGUGCUGAAAGAGCAACCGUCUAACAGUGUGGAGGGACUCCUGAAUGCACUUAGAUACACGACACGGCAUCUACACGAUGACAGCACCUCCAAACAAAUCAGGGCCCUCCUGCAAUGAAACAAAGAAGAAAAAGAAGCGACCAGGAGAGGAGGAGGAGGGGAAACGAAGGAGCGCACUUGAAGGAGGAGGAAACAAACGCUGAUAAACCUGUUUGUUUACAACGAACAAAGAGAAAAAUCAUCUCCGGGGUUAAGUGCGACCUGAUGACAAUAAGAAGAGGAAAAUAAUUAUAUAUAUUGUCAGCUGUCCAUCAUUCUGUCUCUCAUUUUGUAAAGUAAGAAAAGAAGAAAAAAAAAAAGAAGCCAGAAAAGAAGAUAUAGAUAUAUAUUAAGAAAAGUGAAACACUGAGCAGCAGGUGAAGAAUAGGUAGGAUUUAAAAGGAAGCUAUAUUGGAAGAUUUAAGGUCAGAACCAACUGAAAGUGUACGAAACAAAAAAAGGAAGAAAAAAAAAAGAGGGUUAAUGUUCCAGAAGUAGUCUGACGAGUAUUUUUGCACACACUUUGAAAACAUCUCCUUCCCCAAUGAAAUCUGAUCCCAAACUGGUUCCCAUUGCUUGAACUGGAGGGGCUCUCCUUCAGCUGCACUGGUCUCCACCGACGGGUGAAUCGUAAAGCAAUGUGAUGGAUACACUCCGGAGAUUUGCUUUUACCCGUUUCACUUUCUUUCUGGUGCAGCUGGAGGAAAGCAGUCAGGCGGAGACGGGACGCCUCUGUUUUCGCCCCGAUUUCUUCCUCAUCAUCCAUCUAUCAAGUAUAUGCUUUUUUUCCCUUUAAAUUUCUCCUCAUCACCAACAAAAAUGUAAAAAAAUAAAUAAAUAAAUAAAGAUCCGCCCGUGUCGUGUGCCCCGAUGCCGUUUAUGUUCCUGCACACAAAAACCAUCUUGCCAGUUGUCUGGCUUUACUUGAACUACGUCCUUCACUCUCUCCAUGGUGCUAAUGUGGUUUAUCGCAGCUUCUUAUCUGAUAUCGUUUGGCUGUGAUGUGGGACAUACAGUGAUUUUGUCAUCCUCUUCUUUUGUGCACAAGUUAGCCACGAUGGCGAGUCAGCCUUCAGCAUCUCGGUGCGUAAAAAAAGGGGGUCAAACCUGAGAGGGCAUUUUUGGGGAAACCGCAGCACACUUUUACUUCUUCACCCAGUGCCAAAGCUUAUUCUGUUAUUACAUCGCACGUGAGUCAGGCUCGAGGGUUUGAUGGCAUUAUUAUAUCACUCAUCUUUCUUUUCUUUUUGUAAAAGAGGAUUAAAAAGCCGAGACACACGUGAAAAACAAGUGGGAAGGUGGUCCGAUUUACAUACAUUUUAAGGGAGAUCCGAGUGUUCCGGUGUAAAUACGUGAAGCUUUUCACAGUGGGCAUCCACACGUUCCCCGUCGGGGAAUAUGAAAAAACCACCAUCACAAACUCACACAUGAAAACUCGAGUGCUUUCUUUUAGCACGAGGUUUAAAAAGUCCAUCAAUAAGUGGGAAAUAAAAAUGAAACUAAAAAUGAUCCAAAAGGAGAUUCAAAAGAAGUGCUGUACUUUGGAUGUCUAGAGCCCUUAGUCUUAUUUAAUUUGAUCUUAUAAUAUAUUUUCUAUACAGGGGUAUGUGCGCAAGCAUAUUCUGUAUAAAUACAUAGAUGGCAUGUUGCAAAAGUUCUGACAGAAAUGUGUAAAUAAGGUGUUUUUAUUCAUUUUUAAUCGUUCAGUGACGCUGAAAUUGGGUAUGUGUUGUCUCUCAGAAUUACCAUGCGUUUGGCUUGGACCAUCGGACUUGCCGUAGUCAUAGGUUUCAGAAAUUCAGCUUCAUUAAUGGCGAAUGAACCGGAGGGAGGGGAGGGACGCUAA